AUAUCCUAAGAGAUCUGUAUCUUGUGAACGGUAGAAGUAUAACAGAUUGUUAUUAGAUCUUUUAUUUCUAGAUACGUAACAUGUAGUAGAAAUAAACUUUUCUCCAAAAAGAUCUAGAUAAAGUAUUAAGAACAAUGGCGAAUUUUAAAAUACAUUUAACAAUCUGUUUAAUAUAUCUGAUAACUCAUAGUAAAACUGAGGCCCGACCAAUACAAGAGAUAACGGAAACAAGAAAUCCACCAGAAACACAAAUACCAGCGGGUUUCUCACAAGCCACGAACGAAGAACUAAAACCCAGUGAAGUUCAAAAGGCGGUAUGUACAGUAACCUCCGGCGAUGUACGGGCCAGUGCAGAGGCCUUCACAACCCGAGAACUAAAAGGUGUAUGUGGUUCUACAGAAAUGUUAAAAUCAUUUCAUGAUUUAGAGCAAAGAUUACAACAAGAAAUGCAAAAUAUACAAAAACUUCUACAAGAUCUACACCGACAAUUUGUAACCAAAGGAAUAAACGAAGAACAAACUCUAAGCGAAAGAUCCCCAGAACCCGUAACAUCAGCUGGUAUUGUAAGCAAUACUAUAAAUAUAACACCAGCUCCAGCCUUUAAAUUUCAACCUAUACCCAAUGGUGAAAAUAAACAGCAAAAAACCAAUGAAAUAAGUAAAAAUUAUUAUCAGUUACCCAAAUUAAAAUCUUUACCAACUCAAGAACAGAAUAAGGCGGCUACCACUAUAAGGGAUCAGGAGACUAAAAAAUAUAAUAAUACUCUUAUCACAAAUAAAGAUGUUAAGGUUUACACCUACUACUGGAGAAUGGAGAAUUUUACACAGAAUAUUAAAACUGGCAAUAGUUUAAGUAUGGAAAGUCCCAUAUUUUCCAUAAGAGGCAAAGCAUUGAAAAUUAAAGCUUUCUUCCAACAUUUACACCGCGAUUUUCUUUAUUUACAACUAGAGGAUUGCUCUUCUUCGCCUCAAUUGGGUUCGGGCAAUAGUAUCAUUUUAGAUACGGGUGCUAUAUUUAAGGAAAUUAAAAGUGACAAUUUUAAAUAUAAAAUGUCUAUAUUGGAUCAGAGUAAGAAACGUUCCUCGGAUUUGGUUUCCCAAGAAUUUGAUAAUCAUGAUAGCGGUUUUUUGAUACCAAAUAGUGCUUUAAUCGAUAGUCCUUUUAUUAAGGAUGAUUCUUUGUUAAUACAACUAUUUUUGUAUUUAUAG